AUGGAGUCCCAAUACAACAGCGAUGUCGUGGUGUUCGAAAGAUGGGCUCAAAUGCGGUCCUCAGCAGCCAUGCACAUGCAGGUGCAUUUGGUCGGGGUUCCUCGAGAAGGAGGAAAGCCUGCAGACUCCCAGAAAUGGCUAGAGCAGGUCACCACUAUGGCUGAUGACCAUGAGCUCAAGGUCCACAAGAUGGGAAGAUACUCCAGGGACGAGAUCGAAGGCAUCGCUAAGACCACGUCAGAGUCUGGCACGCCUCCAUAUAUCUACAUGCAGCUGCCAGGCCCAAACAAAGUUCGACUCCUUCUGACGCCGACUAGAACAUCAAGUGUUCCGAUGAAUUUCGGUCGAGAAGCUGUGGUGAAGUGUAUGGGCCUUCCGACUGAGAGACUCGAGUGGCGAAGCUGCCAGCAGAGCACCGAGGAGGAAACCGAACUCGCGAGGAAACUGAAAAUCUCUUUUGAAACUGCCAAAAGACAUUGA